AUGGAGGAUGCGGAGAAGGGCCACGCCGACCGCGGCAGGCGGGAGCUCAAGUUCGGCGGUGAGAGGCCCAGCCCUGCCCUGCGCGGCUUUGGGGGGACCCAGCCGUCGGGGGGUGGGAUAGUGAAAGAGUACGAGCGAGCCAUCAUCUUCCGGCUGGGGCGUAUCUUAAAAGGAGGGGCAAAAGGACCAGGCCUUUUUUUUGUCUUGCCUUGCACAGACAACAUCAUCAAAGUGGACAUGCGGACGAUAUCCUUCGACAUACCACCACAAGAGAUCCUUACCAAAGAUUCAGUAACUGUUAAUGUGGAUGGCGUGGUCUAUUACCGAGUUCAGAACGCAACCCUUGCUGUAGCGAACAUCACAAAUGCUGAUUCUGCCACUCGGCUCUUGGCCCAAACCACUUUGAGGAACGUUCUGGGGACCAAGAACCUCGCCCAAAUCCUCUCCGACCGGGAAGAAAUUGCACACAGCAUGCAGACCACCCUCGACGAUGCCACUGAUGACUGGGGGAUCAAAGUGGAGCGUGUGGAAAUCAAAGAUGUGAAGCUGCCCAUCCAACUCCAGAGAGCGAUGGCCGCUGAAGCGGAAGCGGCUCGUGAGGCGAGAGCCAAGGUGAUUGCUGCAGAGGGAGAAAUGAAUGCCUCCAGAGCCCUGAAGGAAGCCUCCAUUGUGAUCUCGGAGUCUCCCGCGGCCCUCCAGCUCCGCUAUCUGCAGACCCUGACCACCAUUGCUGCCGAGAAGAACUCCACGAUCGUCUUCCCGCUGCCCAUAGACAUGUUGCAAGGCAUCCUGGGGACAAAACACUAA